AUGCCACUAACUUCUCGCCAGCAUCGAGACAUUGUUAAUAUUUUCCGGUUUGCUAAAAGGCUUGAAGAAGCAGCUUCUAUUGACAGAGAACUAUUAUGCAAGUUUGAGGGAAAUCUGCUUGAUAUUUGGAUAUGCCUUAAUCCUCAACAAAGAGCUCAAUUAGAGUCUCAGCAGGCAAAAUUCAAAUCAAGGGUCAGCACCCCAAACUCCAAUACUUUUAAAGAAGACAGAGAAAGGCUAUUGGGGAUCACCCAGCUUUCGUAUAAGAAACAGACAGAAUUUAAUGAAGCUUCCAGGCUUGAUUUAGAAAGGGAAAUAUUAAAUUUAGCUAAAGAUAUGAAAAGUGUAGCCACCAGUUUUAAAGUCACAUUGGAAAAUGAUGACCCUUUAGUUCAGUCAAUUGCAGCCAAACAAGCUAAUUUUUUGAUUAAGAUGAAGAAAGAAACCGGAAUUCUUGACCAAAUUCAGUUUAAAACAUCCUGAUGGGCAUCAAUAAAAUCAUUUUUCGCUUUGAUUUUUGCAUUUGCAGUAUUUUGUUGCAUGAUGGUGGUAAUCUAUUGGUUUCCUGACACCAAGUAUAUUUAUUUGAAAAAUUAA